UGCCACGCUUGACACGUGGUCGUUUGCGCAACAGCGAGAGAGUGCAAAGUCAUGGUAGGCUCGAAUCUUCGCAAACAAUUCGCAGAAGAGUGUAAGGUACCAUGGCGGAAGAGCACUUUCUUGUGGGCGCUCUUGUUGCGCUUGCUGCCGUGCUUGUUGUGUUCCUGCAGCAGUUUUGUCGAAAGUCGAGCUUGAAGAGGUUGCCGCCUGGGCCAUUAAGCUUGCCUAUUAUUGGUUCCUCCUAUAUUCUUGGAAGGUACCCGAACGCAUGGGAUGCGUUUAGCGACCUGCGCCGCCGCUACGGAGGCGUUUAUUCAAUCAAUCUCGGCUCAAGACGAUGCCUUGUGGUCAGCACUGUUGACGCUCUUCGUGAAAUCUUGGUCACAAAGGGGACGGACUUCGCUGACAGGCCGGACUCGCUUCGUUACCACGCGAUAUUCAAGGACAACCGGAACCUAUCUAUAGCGUUAUGCGACUGGUCUUCGAAGCAACGAACGAGACGCGAGCUUUGCUACCCAGUCAUGCAUCCGAAGCAAGGGUCCGCAGAACAGUCGCGACUGAGUGCGUCUAUUGAGACUGAACUGCUCUACCUGACUGGCGAGCUUUCCCGGACCAGUGGCAGAGCCAUCAAGCCACGGCAAGCGCUCCUUGUCACCACUGCAAACAUAUUUUACAAGUUCUUCUGUACGGAGCGUUUCAGUCCCGAUGACUCGAAAUUCUUGCGCAUAGUGGACCUUUACAAUGAAGUAUUUCAUCAACUCUUCCAGGGAUUCGCCAUCGACUUCAUGCCUUGGUUAAAGGUGGUCCAGGGCAAACAACUAUGUAUUCUCAAGGAGAAGUCUAUGGAAAUAUACCGCUUCACCCUGGACAUCAUGGACAGACGGGAAAGGGCCAUGGCCAGCAGUGGCAGCGGUGCAGGACUGGAUCAGGCCCGUGACCUCAUGGAUGUGUUGCUGCUCUCGCUCAAAGAUCCAAGCACCAAAGGCCAGUUGGACAAGAUCGACGUCGCCGUCGUAAUCGAGGACCUCAUCGGGGGCCACUCUGUCGUCGCCAACCUCUGGGUUUGGUGCCUCUACAUUCUGAGCACCUACCCGGAAGUGCAACGCAAGAUCAGGGAAGAAACGAGGGCGAUAAGCUCCUCUGAGGAGCGACGACCCUGCCUUUUGGACCGGAGCCAUUUGUGCUACACAGAGGCCACGCUGUACGAGGUCAUCAGGGUCGUAAACUCGCCCAUCAUUCCCCAUGUCUGCACCAACGAUACCACGGUCCAGGGUUUUCACGUGAGCAGGGGCACCGUCGUAAUGUUCAACACGAACGACAUCAACUACUGCUCGGACCUCUGGGAGAAGCCCUGGGAUUUCAACCCUGAAAGGUUUCUCGGCGGGAACGGAUGUGUCCUCAAGCCCAGCCACUUCUUCCCCUUCGGCACCGGCAAGCGCUCCUGCAUGGGCGACGGGCUCGUGCGCGCCACGCUGGUGCUCGGCAUGGCGGCGCUGCUCGGACGCUUCGAGCUCUCUUUGGCCCCAGGCCAGGAGCCCGCGCGCUUCGCAGAUUUCCGCAGCAAGGUCAUCUUCGACCGCGAUCCGGAAAUCGUCUUCACGGAGGUCGCUGCACGCCCGCAGUGCCAGUAGCUCCGCCCGGUUGAGCACACGCCCAUCCUUCAACUGUCUUACCGCCGCCAUAUUCCGUUCAUCGUCGUUCGCGCGUCACUGACGCU